UGACCACGCCGUUGCCGAUAAAUGGAGCUGGUGUGCAUAAUUAUUUAUUCGAAGCCUUUCCGCAAGUGCGCGAGGCGAUGAGACCCCACGUUCGAACUCGGGAGUCCCUCGAAUUGAGUGGGCCGCAAUAAAGAGAACAAACUUGAGAUCACGCUGUGACGAACAGAAAAGAGCCGAGGCUCAAAAAAACAAACGCGCCCUCGACGGGUUUGGCGCGACAAGAGUCACCGCUGCCUUUGCGCUCGUGAAGCCACUUGCAUGGCUGGAGUUUUUCACGGCAAACAACAUGGGCGUCGCGGGCGGCCGACAGAAGCACGCCACAGGGACGAGCCGUAGGAUGUGAACCACGAGACGCCACCGAGCUGGUGGGCCCAGCAGCAGCGGCAGCAUGUCUUCGCAAGAGCAGCCGCUGCUCAAGCUGGACUCAGUGCUGUCGGCUGAGCAGAUGCACGCCCUCCUGCAGGAGGCCACUACACCACAGAACGACAAGCUGGACUUUGACGUCCUAGGAAAUGUUGGCGGGUCAGAAGAUGGGAACCACGCCCUGGCAGCCAUCGAUGACAACUUCCACGACCUGGAGAACUUGGUGCUGGACCAAGGUGCAGCAUCGGGAGCCCUGUUUGCGGAGACAUCAGAGGCGGACGUGGAAGCUCUGCUCAAGGCCAACCUAGGUGCUGAGGACCUACUCAGCCCCAUCGACCUGGUGCUGCUCGAUCACUGUUACUGCACACCCAUAGUGGGACAGUUGGUCUCCGAGGAGCCUGCAGCCGCUCCAGAAACAGUGCUUACACUCAAGCAGGACCACGACUCGCCGCAGGACGAGGCAGACGGCGAUGAUGCUGGCCUGGUGUCUCCGGGCUCGCCUCAGCAGCCACUGCGGCGGUCACAACGCCAAAUCGAGCGCAUUGACCGCGAGCGCCUGGAGCGCAUCAAGGCUGAAAAUGCCGAGCAGAAGCGCCGCGAGCAGGAGGAGAUGGCGGGCCUGCUCACUCCAGUGCUGGGGGCGGAGUCUCCGCAGGCCCCGCCCCCAGUUCCCGCCGCCUUCAGCUCACCGCUCCUCUCGCCAAUGCCAGCUGUGGUGACACCACCGCGGGUCACAUCUCCUGUACAGCCUCAGCCACAACAUCAACUGCCGCAGGAGCCCCCACUGACCAUACCCACAACUCCCAAAGAGAAAACAUCUGCUGUAGCAUCGACCAUGCAGUCAAAGCCAGUACGGAGAGCCAAGGUUCGCAACAGCGAGUCCACCUCUUCGACAGAGGAUGUCCCAGAGGAUGGGAUGUUACCGGCUGUCAGCCCGACUCGGGCACGCAAGAAGCGACUCCGUGAUGAUCCCGAGUGUGCUGAAACGGCCAAGCCCAAAAAGAGCCCCGUGUCACGUAAGAGUAACGCCGGCGUUGCAGCACCUGUGAAGGGCCGCAGAGACAGUUCUGGCUGCAAAAAGGGUCCACCACCUGAGGAAGAGGCCAAGGAAGAGCACCGCCCGCCGGCCAGGCGCAAGAGCGACGAUGGAGAGACCAAAAAGAGGAAGCACACACCAGAGCCCAUUUCGCCGUUUGGCAAGGUAGUGAAGGUAGUGCGGACCACACCCGAGGCCAAAAAAAGGCCUCGGCGCGAGAGUUUCACCGACGAGCCUGCGCUGUUCAGUCAGCCAGACGUACUGCAUAAAGAACACGAGCCACAAGCCGCACCUGUGCCUACGCCACCUCCUGCCGCCCCACCUCCAACAGUUGCUCCAGCAGUGCCCACGACAGCUGCUCCGAGAGUGCCUGGUUUUCCCAGUGAGGAAUCGGUGUAUGAUUCCGUGGAGGCACACGUGGCACGCCUUGCUGGUGGACUAGAGCACAGCCUGACACCAACCACCACUGUAGCUGCACCAGCCAGUGCUGUGACAGGUGCACCUGUAGCACCAGCUUCAGCGCCAACUGUAUAUCAGCACAAGCACGGGACUGCUGCCAAGCAUGGACCUGUGGAAAACAAAUCAUUGUUAAAGAAGCCAAUGUUUUCAAAGCCAGUGGCUGCAAAGUCGGCCCACCCAGGCCAGCCAGAUCACAAGAAGUCGGUGCUGCCCGUAGCUGUCAAGUCGGCACCUCCACCGUCGAGCCCCGCUAAAGUAAAACAUGCUGCACAGCACACAGCACCUCUACCAAAAACACCCAAGCUUGCCAAGGUGAGCUCCAAGAUGCCCCAGGGUAAGCCACCGGGGUCAGCAAAGAAGCCUGAGCCACACAAGCUGCCAAAGAAGACUCGGUCAGAACAGCCUCCUCCACCAGUCGCGGCAGCACAAUCGGCCACUCCACCGGAUGUGGUUGUGGCCGAGCGACCAAAGAGGCAGAGCAAAGAAAAGUUUAAGCGAGCCAUGAUGCGCAAGCGAGAGAUGGGUCGUCGGGUGGACGACGAAGAUGUGGAGGACAGCUCGGACGAGGUGCACGAUUCAGAUUGGUCCUCGGAAGAUGACCCAGAGCGGCUUUGGUGCAUCUGCCGCAAGCCACACAAUGACAAGUUUAUGAUAGAGUGCGACCGAUGCAAGGACUGGUUUCACGGGACUUGUGUGGGUGUCACACGGCAGCAGGGACGGCUCCUCGAGAAAGAAAACAAGGAGUGGGUCUGCCCCAAGUGCUCCAAGGACGAGAACAGAGGCGUCGUGGCUGCAGCACCCAAGAAAGAGCUGCACCGGCAGUUGUCAUCCGAGGACAAGACCCACCUUGUGAAAAGCCACCAUGCAAAAACAGGUCACACCAAGCACGCCCAUCAGCCAAAGCAUGCUGAUGAGCAUGGAAUGUCUACUGUCCCAGCUGUCAAGCCCGCCCCACCUGCACCCAAAGCAGUGGUACGGGAAUGCCUGGUGUGCAAGCGCAAGGCUGAGUGCAUUGGCUUGUACUGUGGCCGCGACUGCAUCGCCAAGUACGUGCACGAUGCCAGUCAGACCAUCAAGGCAGCCAAGCUAGAUGGGGAACGGCGACUCAUGUUUACGGAGCGCAGUUCUGGCAAGCUUGUUGCCGGUGUUCAGGUGCCUACGCCUGAGAACCUCACCAAUUGGCUGGUGCGCAACCCAACGUUUGAGUUGGCUGUUGCACGAACACCUGGGCGUCCACAUUCAGCCAAGCAGCCUUCUUCCAAGGCAGCACAAGCCAAGCAGCCACACAGCAAGUCAGUGAAGCAGCCACCAGCUGCUCAGGUACAGUCAGCUGCACCCUCUGGAGCCAACACGACGACGGCAGCAGCACCCACACCAAGUAGCACGACCAACAGCGCACCGGCCGAGAGCACAAGUAGUGGCACGGAGGCUGUGGCAGAAGUCAAGAAGACAGAACUGGCCCAGCCGUCUAUUGAACCAGUCCGCCUGAAUGUUCGCAAGAUGCUGAGGGAUUCACUGCUCAACAGGUGCAAGGAGGCCUCGGACCUGUCACUGUCGGGUGACGAGGUGCGCCGCAUGGCGCUCCGCAUUGAGGAGGAGCUGUUCAAGGUGUUCCGGGACACAGGCACGCGCUACAAGUCCAAGUACCGUAGCCUGGUGUUCAACAUCAAGGACAGCCGCAACCAGGGCCUCUUUCGCAAGAUCCUUCGGGGCAAGAUUGCUCCUGACAGACUGGUGCGCAUGACCCCCGAAGAGCUAGCCUCGAAAGAACUGGCCCGUUGGCGGGAGCAGGAGAAUAAGCACGCCAUCGAGAUGAUCAAGAAGGAGCAAAUGGAAGCAGCACAGAAUGUGUCAUCACACGCGCUUCUCAAGAAGACUCACAAGGGCGAGGUGGAGAUAGACGACGACAACCUCCGGCUGCUGGAGAAAGCUGAAGAGAAAGCAGUGGCCAAUCAACCCGAGCCACCGGCUGCAGUGGCACGAGUAACGAGUGUUGUCGGCAGCACAACGGCGACCACCGAGGCAGUUGAUAAAUCAAGCAGGGACACAACAGACGCACACCGUUCACAUCUCUUUGAUCUCAACUGCAAAAUCUGCACGGGGAAGAUUGCCCCUCCCCCUGACGACAGGCUGACCCCUUCACCACCGCCAUCACGACGUUCAUCGACUGCGAGCGUGCCUGCACAACCCAGUGGAAGCCUUCCAACACCGGCAGAUGAGCUGUCGUCAUCGUCCACAUCGUCUUUGUCGUCUCCUCCGCCUCCUCCGCCUGUGCGCGGCCGAAGUGGCACGCCCCCACCAUCAACCGAACAGACCAAGGGGCUAAGGAGGCCGCCGGAGGAUUCUUCAGACCUUGAGCCGAGUUCAACCGUUUCACUCGGAUCCCCAGACUCUGGCAAGGGUGGCAGCAAACAGCCUCAGCCCGCCUCUGUGUGGAAGGGCUUCAUCAGCAUGCAGGAGGUGUCCAAGUUUGUCACAGCUGCCUACAAGGUAUCCGGUCCUACCGACUUCCUCUCACAGGAUAUCCCGGAUACAAUCAAUGUCUGUGGCCGCAUCAUACCCGACCAGGUGUGGGACUACCUGAGCAAGAUCAAGCAGUCUGGCAACAAGGAGCUGUUGGUGGUGCGCUUCCAGCCCGCCAACGACGAGGAGAAGCGGCCCUACCGAGAGCUCUACACGUACCUGAACUCACGCAAGCGUUGUGGUGUCGUGGGCGGCUUGUCGCGCAUGCUCAAGGACUUCUACAUUCUGCCGCUGCCUUCGCACAGCCCCGUCCCCACCGUGCUCAUGCCUUUCGACGGGCCUGGUCUCUGUUCCGGUCGGCCACACAUGCUGUUGGGCAUCAUAGUGCGACACAAGAACCGCCUCAGGCCACCCUCUGGCAAAUCCAGGUCAUCGUGGGCUGAUCGCUCGGAGGCAGUGUCAUUGACGCCUCCACUGGCAGAGACCUCUGUAGGUGGACAAUCGGAUGACGAGGAGCCUUACGAACCGUCCUACACGCCACCCCUAGAAAAGCGGCCAAGGCAAGCCCGGCUAAAACCUUCGUCAUCGGCAUUGUCUGAAGAAAGGACUCCGUUGGUAGAUGAUGAGGAUGUACCCUACGACCCUGAAGAGAAUGAGGUGGGCAUUGCAGGCACCCCCACGCCCACUGAAGAACCUCCUCCACCUCCCCCACCAAGAGUGUCGGGACAGGCUGUGAGCGAGCUGAUUGAGCGCAUCUCAGCAGGCGCCAACCCAGCUGCUGUCACGACAUCUGUGCUUGCCUCGCUGGCCUCCAAUGCUAACCUAGAGCACCAAAAGCGUCUACUUGUAGAGCUCACUCAAGAGGUGGAAGAGCAGAAGCGGCAAAUUGAGCUUCAGCGCUUGCAGGCUAUUCAGUUGUCGAUGGGCAAAGCAUCAUCGUCCACCCCUCCACAGCCUGCGACUCCGAGCGAGGCACAGCCUGUCGAAGCUUCUGGCAUUCCCUUCCUGGACAGCUCAUUGCCCACCGACACUGGUCUGUCCUUUCUCAGUGGCACUGGAACAUCCUCGGGUGGCUGCAGCUUACCAUCGAGCCUGCAAGAGUUGCUCAAUAAGGUUAAAGCACCAAUGCCGCAGCAGGCAUCAUCUUCAACUAGUUCCAUCAUGAGUGAUGUCCUGGGCACGCUGCUGUCCUCAUCAGGGCCUCUGGUCACUUCAGCCAUCGCAGCAGUUGGGUCACCUCAACACAUGCAGAGCCCUCUGGGGGCUAAGAAGACUCUCACUGAGGACCCGAUUGUGCGUCACUUUGCGGACGACGACGUGGCUACUGAAUCUGAUGCUGAAGGUGCCGGUGCCACACCACCACCUCCAGGCAUUGGAGACUCGCCGCCUGGCACUGCGGGCGUGGCAACCUCAGCAAGAGGCACCAUGGUAGGUGUGUCACGGUCUCCGGGCACGCCCACCAAGGACGAGCUGGUCAACGAGGACGUCUCCCGGCCACAGGACCCACGGAGGCGAAAGGCUGUGGCAUCUGCAUUGCAGUCGGCCUCUACGUCAAGCCCCGUCGUCUCCGUAUCACCACUCGUGACAGUGUCUUCGUCGUCGGGCAGCCAACUCGGUGCCAAGUCUGCUAGCGAACUGAUGGAGAUGGCACGCAAGCAGCUUGAGGAGAUGGAAGUGCCACCCCCGCCCAAUGUUGUCGUGCAGCAGCCUCAACUGCAACAGCCCAUCGCAGCACCGGCUGCCCCUCCUCCGCCUCCCGUUUACGGUGCUCCUCCGCCCGCAAGCCUGCCCCCGGCAGGAUUGCCACCUGCCGGUAUGCCACCAACCAGCAUGCCCCCACCACACCCGUCUGCCAGUAUGGCACCGCCAGCAAACCUGGUGCCGCCAACUCCUGGCAUGUACGGCCCGCCACCACCCCUAGACCCCUCUGCUUACGGAGCACCCCCAGGCAUCGUUCCACCGGGCUAUCCGCCUCCCCCUCAGUGGAGUACUGCUGGUGACCCGUACUGGAAGGGCCCACCGCAGGCCGGCUGGAGCGGUGGCGGGCGUAGUGGCGAGUACCGGCAGCGCGGAGGUCCCCCCAGUGGCUGGAGGGGCCGCAGGAACCAGUGGGAGCACUAAACUCAUAAGCGCCUAGGACUCCGAUGUCUGGUGUCCCAAGCUCCAAAGGAAGGCUGUGCAUGUUUGCAGGAAAAUCUCUGUCUGCUUUGCCAGUCACUCUGGCCACCAUUGUGCCCUGUACCGCAGCACUCUUCAUAUUGGGAGCACACAACUCGGGAAGGCAGAACACGCACACGUUGUACAGUCUCUCUUAGCAUCCACCAGACCUUCAGCUUCACCUGUGGCCAUGCUAGAUCGGCAUUUUUCAUCUCUUCUCAAAUACGCCUCGGUGACAUUGGCUGUGUAGCAUCUAACACACUGAAUGUGUGAUGAUAAUUGUUUGCCUAUCACAGCAGUACAGUGAUUUAGUACUGUCAUAUACAUUCUCUCCCUCUCCAGCAAAACAGACUAUAUCACCACAAGGAAGAGUAUUUGUUUUUGUUUUUUCUCUUUCUGUCUCUACAUGUGUUUUGCAACCAUUGGGCCUUCUCCAUUUUUUUGAUACUCCCCUGGAGGUAUUGUAUCUGUAGAUAAGUUCUGUGCCUGUUUUUGUUGGUGUGUUUUUAUUUUAUGGAC